GAACGCCCCGUUGGGAACUAUUUCAGUGGUUGGGAAUGACCGCCAUGACAGCUGAUGUCUUUUCCAGCGGUUGACGUUUGCUCGGAUCAUGACAUUUUGCAAAUUUAAUUUUGACAAAUGGCAGACUCUUUUUUCGGAUUUGAUACGUCUCUCACCGGCGAUGGCUUAGAAGAUGGAUUCGAUGGACCCCUAGAAGAAGAAGAAAUAGUUGGUGAAGAAGAUGAAUAUGACGCAUUAAAUGAUGAAACCUUCGGAGCUGACGCAACUGGCGGUGAUUGGGAGCAGAAUCAUGAAAAGUUGGCACAAAUCACCGAGUCUUGUCGGCAACACGUACCUAAUUUGCCUCUGCAUAAAAAUGGUAUCGAUAUAGAUAUCGAAGACAGUUUGUCACACUUGGUACUAGACGAUAGAGAUGGAACUACGCCAAGGCCAGGUGUUUGGGAUAGCCCAACAAAUCUACCUUUACCAAGACGCCCACAGCUUCACCCCAUUGCAGCUACUCUUAAAAAUGUCUGUACUGUCGAGGAACUGGAAAGAGGUCUUAUCGCGAGUAGACCUCCUCCCGGCCUUGGGAAACUAUUACCUCCACCCUCGCAGCUACAAUUGCAGCUGCAGCAGCAACAGCAUCAUCAGCAACAACAGCAGCAACAACAGCAGCAGCAGCUUCAUCAUCAUCAACAGCAACAACAACAACAGCAGCAACAACAACAACAGCAGCAACAUCAUCAACACCAACAACAACAACAACAUCUCCCACACCAACUACAACACCAACAACAAGCCCAACAGCAGCAAACUGGCGGACCAUACAUGUUCGACUCUCUACCAUUGAAUGAACUUCACAUGAAAGGUCCACCACCUCCUCGCUUUCCUCCUGGACUCCGACGCCCAGGGCCACCAGUAGUUCUGCCAGUAGUUAGACCACUGCCUCCUCAAUUUAUGCAGCAUCACAGACCAUUUCCUAAAGAACAAGGUAACAUGUUGCGGUACCCUCUACCUCCACAUCUAAUGAUACCACCAGGGGCUCAAAGGCAGCCACCUCCACCGCCACCUACGUUUCGCAAUAACUUUCCCCAGCCACCUUAUCCCGGGAUGCCUCCGCCCCAACUAUUGCGUCCUGAACACCCCAUGAUGCCACCAUUUGCCAAUAAUCAACUGAAUCACCAUCAGCAGCAACAGCAACAGCAGCAAUCCUCUCACCCAGGAAAUCAACGAACAGCCCAGAAUAAUCGAUCGUUUCAUUCCAAUGAACCACCGCCACCUAAUCAUCAACCAUUUUUCAAAAACAAUCAAUACCCCUACUACAAUCAUAAUCGAAAUAACCAACGUUAUCACCAUCAUUAUCAGGGGAUGAAUGGUUCUAGUGGGUCAAUGGGUGACUAUGACGAGUACGCUGGACUCAUGAGUAAUAGGGAAAAACAGUGGCUCAUCAAUAUCCAAUUGCUACAGCUUAACACUAAUCAACCAUACGUGGAAGAUUAUUAUUAUACCGUGUUUUGCGACAGGCAAAAUAAACUGAAUGAAAAUCAGGAACACAGGGAUAAGAGGCAUCAUAACAAUAACGGUCACCAUAGAGAUUCAAGGGAUAGAGAUCAACCACAGCAUAUUCUCACUAAGGUUGUUUACACACCGAUGCAGUUUGAGAAUUCACUUGGAAAGCUACAAUGUGGUAGUGUUACAGCUCCUCGUAAAAUAAUUGAUAUGGAUGUGGUUCCAAAUAACGAACCUCAACAAGCUCUACAUCCUCAGCAGAAAGAUUCUAAGAAGACCCGACAACUUUUACUGGAGAUUGAAAGGCUGUACACAAUGCAGUUGAAGUUAGAGGACUUGACUAAUCCCUUAGCUCUAUUAGCGGCAGCUGAGCAGCAGCAACAACAGCAACAGGAAGGAGAAGCAGAAAAGAAACCAAUUAAAGAGACAAAAAUUGAACUGAUUGGCAAACUGAUAGCUUCAUUUCUACAAUUACUCAAAGACGAUAAGCUAGCCGCUCUACUCAGCAUACGCAAAGGAAAGAUGUUAUUACUCCGACUACUACCACAUAUGAGCGUAACGGAGUACAGCUCUCAACUAGCUGAUCUCUGGACUGGUCUGCUCAGAGGACUCGUAAUAAUUGGACGCAGGGAUUCUCAUCUGCUGGAAAACUUUUAUCCUGAAUUCCGAAGAUGGAUCCACACCAUAACUCAAUUUACCACGGUACUCCGUCUCGCUAAAGGAUUGGCGGAGACGGUUUCACAACCCGUUAAAAACAACAGUUUGGCAUUUGCUUUAACAAAUAAGUUUGGUGUAUCAGUGAUAGCCUCGGUGUUGGAACAAGCAGAGACACUGUUCCCACUGGAGGAAACCUUAGCACGUGAGUGGUCAGCUUUUGUAAUCAAACUUGUCGAGACUAUUGGAGUAUCGCCUCCGAGUGUUGCGCCUUGUCAACCGAUAGCUGCCAAUACCCUUAAUCAACAUUUAAACCGGAUCCAUUCGCUAAAAAUUGAAAGGUACGUACCUUUAGAGUUACUGCUAACCGAUGCAAACCUUUUACGAUAGUCUAAAAUUUUCAAAGUAUCUGAGUUAAGAGUUUGUUUUUUAUUUUAUUUUACUUGUGUUUUUUCCCCCUCUAAAAUUAUUGGAAAGGGAUUAAAGUGUCUGUGUUAUCAGUUACUGUAGAGUAACAUUAGAAAGCAUGCUGGAUAUCGUCAAAUAUAUGAAAUCUAAGGCAAACUGCAUUUUAUAACUUUCUGCCAGUCAUCUAGAAAUUAUUUUCUCUACACAAUACAAAGACAAUUGUGUAUCAGUGUUGAUACAAUUUAUAUUGACAGUAGUUAGCUCAGUACUUUUUUUAUGACAAAGUAGCAAAACCUUCUAGCUACUCCUCAUCCCAUAAUGUAUAUUUAUAAACUAAGGUAAUUAUUAUAAAUAUUCACACUGUUUGUACUGACAUUCGGUUAACUUGAGAAAUAUUGAUGAAUGUACACUUUCUCAUCUUUUCUCGCUCUUCGUUCUUUUUAUUAAACCAUAAAAUUAUAUGUAAAUAAAUUACAAAUCAGGCUCGGUUCGAUAAGGAAACUGUUUAAAUAAUCCAAUGAAGUCUGUGAGUGAAUUUUCAAGUUUUUUAUUUAGAUAGCAUAAGUCACACAGCGAAGCUAAGAUUUCUGUUUGUAAUUAUUAUAUUGUUUGUUCUUCCCCCUUUUUUUUUCUAUGUAUAGCUACAAUGAUAGGUUGGGUUAAUCUCUAUUGCAAAGACUUUGCGUAAAAUCGGAGAAAAAGUUUGACUGAAACAGCAAUAACUAAUAUUGAACUAUUAGUACUAUCGGUAGAUCAACUAUUUUCGGUCUGUGAUUUAUGCUAUAACUAAUAUCUUAAGAAUGAAUUUAAGCAGAAAAAACUGAUUUCAGUAUAUUUAUGAUCUAUUUUUCAAUCAGCAUCCCUAUUUCCAAAGUGAAUUUCAGAACUAUCAUUAAGAAAUUGAAUUAUAAUUCAAACCAUCCUUAAUUGUACUUUGUCUCAUUGUUAAAGCGCAGUAAUAAAAUCAAGCAGGUCGAGGAUCAAAUAUUGUUCUCAUGUCGCUCUUUAUUUAAUUCAAUUUUCAUCAAAAAUAGGUAUCUUUGAGGUGAUAAUUGAAAAAAAUUUUGUUGACAUCCAUGUAGCAAUUGAAAGAAAAACCGAUUGAAUUUUUACAAAUCCCUGCUAUUAUUAAUAAUGUAAAUUGAUUGAAGAAUUACGUAUGAAAAGUGAGUUAUUAUACACAGUGAAGAAUAAAUCCAUUGAUAACUUGUAUAUCAUUUAUGCUUGGAUUUAUUCGAUAAGAUCGAUACGUUGCUAAUUCGUGAAAACAACUUGAUUGCUGUAACAGGUCGAAAGAUUUACUUUUGAAUUAUUUCAUUCAUCGAUUAUUAAGUCACAACCCUGCGUUUAGAUUGCUCCGGGCGAAUCAUUCUUUGAAAUACAAUUCAUGUUUAUAAUCGUAGUAGAUUAUAAUAAUAAUGAUGUCCUUAACACCUGUUACAGCCCUUAAUCCCCCAUGUACAUUUAUUGCAAAUAGUACACUAUUAUUAUUUUUUGUUACUAUUAAUCGUAAAAAUAUCAUGUAUGUGUAGCGUGUACACACUAUGAAGAAAAAUGAAACUGAUAAUCGAACAAUUCAUAUAUUUUGUAAUUAGAAGUGUGUGUAAAAUCGCUACAUAUUUUGCGCCGAUAAGUUGAGUAAUACUCUUUCGCAAGAUAAAAAGUGAAAAAUAUAAAAACCACCCAAAAAUAAGGGGAAAAAUGAAAAAAUAAUAACAAAAAUAACAAUAAGUAAGAAUAUUAUUAGUAAAACGGAAUAUAUUUCUCUCUUAAUUUCACUACUUUUUUAUUUACUAUACUCCAUAUUUAUGUAGUCAUCGAUUAGCUGAUAUUAACAUCAGCACAUCUAACGUUUAACGAUGAAUGCAACGUUUUUGAAUUUAUCAUAGAUCAAACGUAAAAUUAGAAUCAACUGUAAAUUAACAAUUUCUUAUACUAUCAUGGAUUCAUAAAUAAGGGGUAAUAUACAUUCAACCAAUAUCUAAACGUCGUUUACGUCAACUUUUGGUCGAUAUACAUAAUUAUUUGUUAUGACUAUUCAAUUUGUUUCAAUUAGACGUAACAGUUUUAACGUCAUGUUGAUUCUCAGUAAUCGAAUCCCAUGCUCAUGGCAAAGAUAUGUAUCAUACUCAGGUUAUAAAUUUUACCCUGAAAUACCAGAACCGUGGAUCAUACAUUUGUUAAAUUAUCAUACCGAACAGUCGAAAAGCUCUACCUGUAAGGUUCACUUAGAGACGGGUAGAACCUAUGAACUAUUUACUAUGGUGAAUUGGGAUUAGUACCAAAAGUUUAUGUUUGAAUGCAUAAUAAGAGUCCUUGUCCGAAGAUCAUAGAAAGGAGAAACAGGAAAAUAAAAUAUUAAUAUUAUCAUUAUCAUUAUCAAUCUAAAUCCAAAGAAUGAAGGCAUGCUUUUUUAUUUUCAAUUUGGGGUGCAAUCUGUAGACUAGUAAUGCAUUAACUGCCACAGCAAUGAAUUGCAAGUUUCAUUUAUUUUUUUGAUAAAAUCGUGUGCUGAUCCGCAGAUUGCGCUGAAUAUUAGAAAUAGAAAUGAAAGCAUUCAUUAAAGUAGAGAAAAAAUGACAAGAAAACCCGAAGAAAAAAAAUGAAAAAAGGAAAAUAUAAAAACUCAGUGAAAAUAUACAACAUUGCAAUUACAAGUAAAAAUAUGCCCUAUAAGUUACGCUAUAUUCUUCUUACAAUGUAACUGGGUGAUUAGACGCUUUGCAAUUUAUUGAUAAAAGGUACAUCUCUAGAAUAUUUAUGAUUAUGAUUAUGAUUAUUAUAAUUAUAAUUAUUUUAUUUUUAUUAUUACUAUCAUUAUUAAUAAACUAUCACUAUUAUUAUCAUUAUUAUUACAGUAAGUAUGCGUUUUGUACUGUUGCUUAUGGUCCAAGCAUUCUGAAGUCACGAUUGUGACACAAGUUAACAGUUGAAAACUUGCAUUAUGUAAAGAGUAAUGAGUGUGUAGUAAGCUUCACUAAUGAAGGGAAAAGAAAAUUAAGUCCUAUUGUUAAUUGCAAAAUGAUUACUAGUGCGCAAGUUUAUAGAUGCCUUGACUCGACCUAUUUAUUAAUAUGUUUCGAAAAUAGGGAGUUUGGGGAAAAAUAAAGUAUGGCGAAAUUAGUUGAAAAAUGCCAGAAAAGAAUUCAUAAAAAUAUUAAAAAGAGAGAAAAAUAAUUUCGUGGUUGUUCGAAAAUUUGUUAUCAACAGAAUAACACGAAAUUAAAAAUAAUAAGAAAAAUGAUGAACAAAGAAAUAAUAAAAUAAUAACGAUGGAAUAAUAGAUACUCCUUCGUAAAUCUUAAUUGUAUAUGUUAUCUUAUGAUUUAAAAAUUUUAUUAAUAAUUAAAAUAAGUACCGAUUUAAAACGGUACAAUAAUUAAAUUGUAAGUUCAACAAUUGAAGAAGCGACGAAGAAACAAGAAGACGAAGAUGAAUAUAUUGUAGCAAAACGAUCGGCAAUUUGAAAUCGAUAUUCUUUAUUCAAUGAAAAAACUGUAAUUAAAAAAAAAAAAAAAAAUGCAAAUGAUUACUUGUUGGUAUGUUGAAACUUAUGUAUAAUUUACUCCUAUCAUCAAAACAAAAACGUAAAAAAAAAAAUAUUUGGAAAAAAGUUUAGGUCGCGUUUUGAUUAAGGCGUAAAUUGAAUUUCGAAUUCAUAAAUAUAUUUUUAUAGAAAUGCUAUGUUUAUUGCGUUUGUGAUUGAUGAUGAUUGUCCUAAUAUAGAUAUUUAGAAUCAUUUAAUUAUAUGCCUAAUUUCACGAAGCGAAGAAUCUUAAAUUUUAAAUAGCUACAUUAGUGAUUUGUACUAUUUUGGUACAUGGAUAUUAUUAUGACAAAAAGAAAAAGUAUAUAUAUAAAUGAUGAAUGAUUGUAAAUUUUUUAUGCUGAGGAAAAAAGUAACUUUGACCGUUAUAAAUGUACAGAUUUCAUCUAAUUUCGAUCCAACAAGUCGUAAAUAAAUGUUUUGCAUCCUUACUGA